CUGCGAUGGAACUCAAAGUGUCUGUGGACGGCCUCCCGCGUUUGGUUUGCGGCGUUACGGAGGAGACCACAAGCCAGGACGUGGUCACUGUGUUGGCUCAGGCAUUGGGCCAACCGGGACGUUACAUGCUACGGGAGUCCUACAAAGACUUCGAGAGGUGCAUGGCGCCCACCGAACGCCCCCUGGAGACACUGAGGAAGUACGGGGAACACGCCAAGGAGGUCCGGCUCACGCUGCUCCAUAGCGGACCUUGGCUCUGCGACCAAAUGAGCCGCGCCAAAGUGGGCCGCCACCAGCUGCGGCGGAAGGAGGCCGGUGCCAAAGCGUGGCGGCGCAGUGGGUCGCUGAGUCUGCACCGGCAGAGUCUACCGCUGAGGCGAGAUGCCGAGCGCCAACACGAGGACCUGAAGAGGCCCAAGAGAAAGUCUUUGACGCUAAUGGAGGAGGCUCGGGGCUGGUUGGAGAGUCUGGGGAAGACACGGGUUUAUAGCACCGCCGGUGACAAGAACAACCGGUCUUUCCUGAGCGUCACUCUUUCCUCCGAGAAACGCCAAGGGGGAGGCCACAGGAACACGUCCGACUUGGACCACCAAACGUCUUGUUGCAUGGGCAUUCAGCAGAAGAGCAAAGAGACUGAAAGUUCCCAGCAGGAUGAGAAGAACCGCCUCCGAGGGACAGUCGUACGCCAGCUCGCUCGCAUCCAAGACCUCCAGAGCCACACGGCGGGUGUGGACCGGGAGAUCUGGGAGUUGGAGGAGCGAGCGCGGGCCCGACAAGAGCAGCAGAAGAUAAGUGAAGACCAAGAAGAGCAGGUUAAGUUCUGGGAGAAUGAACUGAAGGCGGAGGAAGGCUUCGAGAGGGAACUGCAGCGCUUGUUCCUCGACACCAGGUCCAAGGUCGCAGACUGCAAGGCCAGACUGGAAGGUGCGGACUCCGAGAGCCAAGACUGUGCAGACCACGACCCGACAACAUCCCAGGACCACUGUGGUCUGGAUGGAAAUGUUGGCAGGCCCUCAGGAAACCUCUACUACCCUCCUCCUCCGAUCAAGGAGCGGCGGCCCACUGGCCCGGCAGAGCUCAGAGAAUGGUGGACGCGCUGGUCUGCAAGCCAGAGGUCCAAAAGCAGCAUGAAGAAGAUCCACCGCUCAGAACUCACCAUCUACUUGGCCAGCACCAAAGUCUGAUCAAGUCUUCUCCUUGUCCACUCUGUUUCUGACACCUGGUGGGUCUGUCAUGGAACCUCCACUCCGUUUCUGACACAUAGUGGAUAUGUCACGGAAUCUCCACUGUUUCUGACUCAUGGUGGCUCUGUCAUGGAACCACUACUCUGUUUCUGACACCUGGUGGAUAUGUCAUGGAACCUCCACUGUUGUUU